AUGUUCUCCCCAUCUCCGAUCCAGCCAUAUCCACCCUUCCAAAGAGUCCAGAGAAUCGAGAGAGGGAGAAUGGAGGCCGCAACGCAGCUUGUCUCCAUCGUCGGGCAGUUUGUGGGCGAGGAGUACCAGCAGCUCCGCGGCGUCGGAGGGCAGGUGGCUGAGCUCAGCGACGAGCUGGACACCAUGAACGCCAUCCUCCGCAUGCUGUCCGACGCCGAGGAGGGCGCCGUUGACCACUUCAUCCGGGUGUGGAUGAAGCAGGUCCGCGAGCUUGCCUACGACGCCGAGGACUGCGUGCACCUCUACAUCCUCCGCAUCCGGUGCCGGCCGAGAGACCGCUUCCUCGUCUGGUCCAAGCGCGUCCUCGCGACGCUCUUCCCUCGCCGUCGGUUGGCUCGUGAGAUCCAGGAGCUCCGCGCCCGUGCCGUCGUGAUCAGUGAGCGCCAUGCGCGUUACGGCGUCAGCCGUGAGGCGCUACUGCGAUGCACUACUUCUUCUAUAGCCGCUCCUACCCCCGUGCUCCGCCAUGCGUUCGGCCGGCCGGCAGCAAACGACCCUGACCAUCUCGUCGGCAUCACGGAGCAGGCUGAUAAACUGUCCAACAUGGUGAGGGCGGUGGGUGACAAGAAUCUCAAGGUGUUCUCCAUCGUUGGAUUUGGUGGACUCGGGAAGACCACACUGGCGAUAGAGGUGUGCCGGAAGCUGGAGGUGGAGUUCCCACACCAAGCGCAAGUGUCCGUGUCCCAGGCGUUCGGCGGCACCAAGGAUCUCGAGGGAUUGCUGAGGCGCAUUCUUCGACAGAUCGUGCAGGCGAAAGCAGAGAAUGCACAAGGCAUCAAGGAAGAGAACCCCCUUCAUGGCGUCGACGACAAGGAUGAAAGCGACCUCACCAGGAUGCUCAAGGAGCUUCUCAAGGACAAGAGGUACCUCAUUGUUGUCGAUGAUAUAUGGACGGUAGCAACAUGGGAUACAAUCAGACCGAAGUUGCCAGACAACAAAAAUGGCAGCAGGGUCAUUGUGACCACUCGGAUAGAGAGUGUAGCCGAAGCAUGCGGUGAUGCUAGUGUUGAUGGAGAUCGCAUUUAUCAGAUGAAACCCCUUGAUUUUAAUGACUCCAAGAAGUUGUUCCUCAGCAGAGCAUUUGGUUCAGAGAACGACACUUUGCACAAUGAUCUGAGAGGUGAAAUGGACAAAAUCUUAAGAAAAUGUGGUGGGCUACCAAUGGCCAUUAUUAGUAUUGCCAACCUCUUGGCGAGCUACAAAUCACCGGAGAGCAAAGAUAUGUGGGAAAGAAUAUGCAAGUCAAUUGGUUCUCAAAUGGAGAACCACCCUACCCUUGAGGGCAUGAGGAAAAUAGUUACUCUCAGCUAUAACCACUUGCACUAUUAUCUCAAGGGUUGCAUAAUGUACCUUAGUAUUUUCCCAGAGGAUUAUGUAAUCACCAAGAAGCGGCUCUUGAAGAGAUGGAUAGCUGAAGGACUAGUUGCUGAGAUUCGAGGUUUGACCUUAAUGGAGGCUGCAGAAGCCUAUUAUAAUGAGUUAUUGAGUAGGAACAUGAUUGUUCGGGCCGGUGAUAUUGUCAGCCGGUGGGAUGGGACUGUGGAGACGUGUCAGGUACAUGACAUGGUCCUUGAGGUCAUGGUGUCCAAAUCCCUGGAGGCUAAUUUUGUUAGCCUAGUAGGUGGCUCUUAUGAAGGGAUGUCCUACGGUAGCAUUCGCCGCCUAUCCAUCCAUGGUGGAGAGGUAGUAUCCGAAGGCUCUUGCUCCACUGAAAUUGCAACAUCACAUGGUAGGAAGAAUGACAUCGAAGGGAUGAAGAUGGAGCAUGUCCGAUCACUGAGCAUGUUUGGCCCUAAAGAUAACAUGAAGAUGCUUGAUCGUCUAGGUGAGUUAAGUCUGCUCAGGGUACUUGACCUGGAAGACUGCACGGCCAUAAAAAACAAGCAUUUGAGACAUGUUUGCCGGAUGUACCUUCUCAAGUUCUUGAAUUUAAAAGGAACAAGUAUUAGUGAGAUGCCUCCGGAAGUCGGUGACCUAGAAAAUUUGGAGACCCUUGAUGUACGUCAGACACACCUUGAAGAUCUACCGGAAACGGUGACAAAGCUAGAGAAACUAGAACACCUCCAAUUCAACAAGAAGGAUGCCAUAUUUUAUACGUCUUGGAGAGCAAGUAAGGGCCUGGGUAGGAUGAAGGCAUUACAGACGGUGAAUGCAGUAGUUUUUGGAAGUGAUGCUGAUGUUGCCGAAGAGCUUGGUAACCUACAACAAGUGAGAGAGUUACGUAUGGAUGUGGACUGCGGUCCCCUUGAUCUGAAUGUUAGGAAAAAUCUUGCUGUGUCCCUGGGCAAGAUAUAUUCCCUCAGGUGGCUCAACAUUACUGAUCAUCCUUGGGUCAACCGUACCGACCCUCUUGGGGACCCACAAUAUUUGGACUUCAUACAUGAAAUCGACCCCCCGCCGCGGCUCCUCGGAUAUCUUAGGAUCGGCUCCGGCAUUAGCAAAUUGCCCGACUGGGUCGGGUCACUGAAUUAUCUUACCGAGCUUUUCCUUUCUUGGACAUACUUGGUUGGUGACCAACUGUUUGGCCCAGUAUGUAAGCUGCCAAAUCUGCUGGGCAUACACCUGGAGGCGUACUACUACGUUGCUCCAGAGCUGGUUGCACAAACUACCCACAACUUCCCAGCGCUCAAGAACCUAUGCCUGAACUUUGAUAUUCAUUUUAUGGAGGUUCUCAGAUUUGAGGAAAAAUCAAUGUCAAAGCUCGAGAAACUCCAGGUGAGAUUUCUCGACAAAGAUACUAAGAUACUGGAAGGCAUGGACAAUUUGACAAGCCUUAAGGAGGUGGUGCUCGAAGGUAACAGAGACAACCCUGCAUUGCACCGUGCAGUGCAGCAAUUAAAGACAAUGAAUGAGAAGCGCCAAAAAUCCGAUCAGAUCAAGGUUGUAGUUAAAUACGGCGCCGUGCAGUGGCCCAGUGUGUAG